CUGGCUAACCAUUUGCUUGUUGUCAUUCUUAGAUAGUGCAAUGAUAAAAUCCCAUUCUCCCAAAGAAUUACUGCAUGCCCGUGAACUGAUCGCUGUGAAAAUUAUCUAGUCUCUAAGUGUUCAGAACUUUGUUGAACGUUUUAUUUCGAAACUUCUUUCGAUCUCUAUCAGAAUAUCGUCGUUAUAAUCCUAUCGAUAAGUAACAUACAUUUUUGAUGACCAAUGGCCAAGAUACGAAAUGUGUUCAGAAAACAUCUUAUUGCAAAUUUGGAAAGCAAAUGCAGACUGUGCCUAUCGGAAAAGGCUGAAAUUGUCCAAUCAAUUUUCCAGUGCGAAAGCAAAGACGUGACCGAUACAUUGGUGGAGAAAAUCUUCGAGUGCACAGCAAUUAUGCUGUCCAAGGACUUUGACUUCCCGUCGCCCAUCUGCGAGGAUUGCGCGUUCAAGUUGGACGAGUUUUUGCUGUUCAGAGCCAAAUGCCUACGUAGUAACGAGAUUUAUAGGUUCAACAAGUUGUAUAAAUCAAAACUGCUGGCAGGUGCAAGGGCCAUCGUUUCCAAUGGUGACGGUGAUAAUGCUGAAGGCAAAGAAGAAACAGAUACUAGGAAGGAGGCGAGCGACUCCGAUGGGAAGCAUUCUGAGCCCCCUGAUAUUCAGGUUACCCAUGAUGAAGUUAAGGAAGACAAAACGCCGACUGAGAAAGAUGUUCUUGCCACAAGCAGUAGCAGCGAAGGUGCAAAUGUAACCGUGAUAAUUAACGAAAAGGCGGAUGGUGCCACCUGUAGCGUAUCAGAGACGUACAGUGUGGAACGAAUUGCUUCGAAAAGUAACGAAAAGAUUACCCAAAGAACUGAAACAAAUGGUACAGUCUCAAAUGAAGCUGCGGUCUUGUUUGAAACUGAAGCGAGUUCAUUGAGUGAGCCCCUCUUGUCCAGAAAUGGCGCCAAAGAUGAAACUAUCGCUGAAACUGUUGACGGAGUAAAUUUUCCUCUGGAGACGACCGCUGAACUGGAUCGUUUAGAGCAACGUAUCCGUACCUGCCCGGUGACCCGAGAUAACUUUAUACUGCUGUUGAAAUCGCUGAAACCGCAUGAUACCUCACUGAGCGAUACAUAUCAGCGUCUGUUCACGGAUGCCCUAAUGAUACACUACAACUACGACGGAAUCUCGCCCAAGUAUAACAAAAGGCCGCUUAAGAGUCUCACCAUUUUUACCGAAUGCAUGCCGGCCGCCUGGAAAGAUCAUAUGAGUGCUCAAGUGGUUCGCGAAGCAAUAAUCGAGGCUGUGAAAAAAUCCCAUAGUCGAUAUAAUCAGUGCAAUCAUCGGAAGCGCUCAAGGCAAGUAUAUCUUUGAGGUAAACGAUUGUAUACAGUUUAAUGAAUUUUCCAAUUCAACCGGAAAUGGUCAACAUAUGCUCCGGAUUUCCACUGUUCUUGCAGUUACGAAUGGUUAUAGCUGCCAAACCACAUUGACCCUAAUGGAGAGCUUUAGAAAAUGGAAACAAUUUUUAUAGAAAAAAUUAAACUCGUGCAUAAAAUUUGCUGAACGCAAUCAGUAGUGAUCACUCUCAUGUCGAUAGGAUUAGAAUAGAAAACCCUUGGUGUAGGUAUUAGAUAAAUCUCUCAAAAGAAAAAGUUAUAAGACAUCAAGAGCAAAAAAUUCUUAUUAGAGAAUCAACUUCUAGCGAAUGGAUAAAAACGGAACAAAACAGUAUUGUGAAAAACUUUAAAUGACAAGUGUAGUAGAUAAUUCUCUAUUUUAGAGAAGCAAGGCACACACUUUGCUAUUACAGUAUUAGGACAACUGCUUCAAGCGUCGUUAUUGUAUCUGCGAUUCAUAAACCAAAUACAUAAACAUGAACGAAAUCAUGGAUUUCUUAUAUAUAUAUACAAACAUCAAUAUUUAAAGAACCAAGUUAUACUGAUCAACACUUAGAUCACCGUAUUUGAAAUUUUAAAUAAUACCCAGUAAGAAAAAAAAAUAAAAAUGUUAGCAUUUCUCUCAAAAUAUAUAUUUUCUAAGCGUUAUAUUUGUUAUUCCUCAUAAUUUCAUGGGAAAAAACCAUUGGAUGGAAUUCAAUACACUUAAAAAUAUAAAAUACCUAUAACGAAAAUCACACUAAAAUCCGCUAUCAACGUCAUUGAAUCCUUUAAGAAAUAGAUCAAUAGAAAAUUUUAGAUUUCCGACGCAGGUCUAGUUGCAACAACAUUGAACGGACACGAUAAAGCACCAAAACGUUUUCUUCAAAACAUUCAUCCACAAUAAAUCGAAAACAGGCAGACACUAUGCUACCAAAAAUGAUAGAAAGUACAGAAAUCACCGUAAGUAAUUUAUAAUUCAUAUUUGAACGAGUAAACAAUAAAAGUGCAAUAAACUUUGCAGUACAACUGGUGUUUAAUUUUUUUCAAACACAAUUUCUAAGAAUCCCACAGAUAGCAUUUACUACAACCCCAAGUAGAUUUGUGAUAUAAUUUUUUUUAAUUACACCAGAGUCUAUUUCUAUGUUGCAGUUAUUAUCAUACUUUAUUUUUGAGAUGUUUCAUUUAAGUAAUGACAAGAGAUGCACAUUUGUUUAAGUUUCAUUUUUUGAAUAAAAUAUGAUUUUUCUACAUUCAUUUUUACUUUAUAUUUUAUGUUUCUUUAUUUAUGAAAAACUUUUUAGGAGCAGCAAUGCCAAAUGUAAGUUAGAGGACAUAUCUACGUUCAACGUUUUAUAUGUUAUCUCAUACAGUUUCUUUCCAUUUGAGUUGAUUUUAAAGUUAAUUUAUUGAACAACACUACAUUUCAUCAGCUGGUGGUUAGAAAACAGUUUGAUUAAAUAAAAAAAUACAAACGUGCCUCUACCUUCCACUCGCUUCAAA